AUAAUUUUCAACAUAAAUUUUACACUAUCACUGUUGCUGUUAUAUUUACGAGGUAUUAUUAACGUCUACUUGUACAUAUGCAUAAAUUUUUCAUCUUUUGCAAUAUAUGUCGACGCAUGGAUUACAAUGAGAUAAGUUCAACUGAUUUAAAAGAAGUAUUUUGCCGCUAUUUCGUAUAAAAUUCGCGACUUACGUCUGGAAUCUGUAUAACAGAGAACUGAUUAUAUACAAAACGUAGUUAGCUCAACUUACAAGAUGAGCUGCAAAUUGAUUAUAUUGUUUCUAUGCUUUGAAGUGUUUGUGCUUUACGUGAAACCGGAUCGCAUUUAUCAAAACGAAACUUUAUUCCUACGAACAUCUCGAAAAGAUGAAUCGGCUUUUGGGACUUUCGUCUUAUUAAAUCCAAAGCAAAUUCAGCGAAUGGAAGCAACGAUAAAAGGUUUUCUGGCGAAAUUAAUUGGACCAGUCACGAUAACGUUGAGAUUGUCAUCUCCCAAUGGAGACAGUUUGCAAAAGACAAUCAGUGAAAUCUGCGAGACUAUACGAGCGAAAAUUAUGGAGUUUGCGCGAGCCUGUGGACUAGUCGCAUCGACUCGUCAGCGUGAGCAAAUACCGUGGAACUCCACAAUCUCGGAGGAUUGGUUUACCGAGGGCCUGCUUCAAGGAUCGCUCCUACUGUGUGAUCUCGUCAAAGUAGGAGAGGAGAUGUGGCUUAUGAUCAAUCAUUAUUUUGACACAAAUAACGCGACUUUACAGAAGAACAAAGAAUCAUUAUCACGUGAAGCCACAAGAAGCUUCAGGUUUCUAAGUACUAUAAAUGAUGCAUCUAGAUUCAACGAAAAGUUUUUCAAAUGUUUACUACCGAUAACAAACGGGAAGCAUUAUCAGCGAGCAUCAUCUUUCGAUUUUAAUCGAGCUUUCGCGAAUUUAGUGAAAGUUCCACCGGAUAACGUAGCACAAACAUUGAAAACUGGCUUAGAUCGAGCUUUUGUUCGUUAUGCGCCAAGUAAUGAGACGUCUGGUAAACAGUUGCACGCGCUGCUUUGUCAUUCACUAACCGAAGAAAGCAGUAAUUACGACAAAUGCGUCAAGGAAUUGCGACGUGUCGAAGCUUGCAUGUCAUCAAUCAGACGAGGCUCGAACAGAAUAAUGGUCAAUCAUACUCUUUCCAUUAAACCAUGGUUGACUGCUAUCGAAGAUCUAAGUAGCUGCAAGAUUUAUAUCGAUGCGGACCGCAGCGCGAACGUCCGCUGCAAUUUCGGUCGAAGAGUGCCGCGAACGACGGUGCAGCGAGUGAAGUAUAUUUACGAGAACAUUCUAGACCGCCGAAUAUCUCGACGGUCACCUCUUCAUCAUGCUGCGAACGAACUCGGAAAUGUGCUCUCCAGGAGAAGAUGGGGAAGACAAUUAACGUACGAUGUGUGCCAGUAUUUUGAGAUUUAUCGAGAAGGCCGUAAAAGAUUGAAUAAAAUUUCGAGGCAAGCUCUUAAUAAUAGCAAAGUAGUUAUCAGAUACAAAAAGAUACAUCAUUCACUGAAUUUAUAUAAAAUUGGAGUAUUAAAGAAAACUAUGCUCGCUAUUGGCAACUUUCAUCGUUCAGCUUUAGAAACACAAAGAUUCAUUAUUCGCGGUAUCGAAAAUUCUUUCAAGGAGACAUGGCAAUAUCACAUUAAAAUCUUAGAAAGCUUGUUUGAAUAUAUGACUAAACUCAUGGAAUUAUUUGGAUACACAGAGUUAAAUGACACGGACGUCGAUAUGUCAAUUCCUACCAAUGUUCCGCUAAUUAACAUGACAGAUUCAGCCAGCAGAGAGACGAGUGACUAUUCUCACGACAACAAUAGAAAGAUAAUACAUCUUGUAAUACAUCGUAAGAAAUAUUAUAUAAGAAAGGAAACCGAUGAUGCGUUCGAGAGAUUAGUACAGGCAAUGAAUCACGUAAGCAGUGUGCGAAGCGGGAAUAGUAAAAACACUUUAGCGUGUCUCGCGAAUAAUUUACUGUUGGUUACUAUGUUCAUGGAAACUGUUAGCUUUAUCUCUACGUUGUUCUGUUUGCAAAAGCCUAAAAAUGAAUCCGAAUUUGAAGAAUCGAAGGAAGACUGGGUUUCAGCUGGACGUGAUCGUAGAUCAAUAUUUUUUACGGAUUUUGCAGACAUGAAUGAGAUUAAACAAGAUUCUUCGAUGAUAUUUGGAGUCCCCCAAAGAAAAUAUCAUAAAUAUUUAUAACAAAGAAAAUAUAAGUUCUACCGGAAACAUGUCUAUAGAUAUGGCGAAAAAAAUUUAUGAUUUAGUAAACACUAUCUCAAAAAACUUAAAAGAUAAUACAUCUUGUAAUACAUCGUAAGAAAUAUUGUUAGUAUUUGUAACAAGAAACUUUUACAUAGUUUAUAUAAUAGAAAUGUAUGUUAUUAAAGUCGGAAAAUUAAUAAAGUAAUUUCUAUUAAAAUAGAGAUAAG